AAGAACAUCGACACUCGUAGAAAAUAAAGCAGAGGAGUCUUGUAAUUCCGAAUGGACCAUCAUUUUCAAGGGUGAACUUUGCUUUAAAACUCGAAAAGAUGAAUCGGUGUGGAGUAUAGUACCUGGCCAACAUAUAAAUUCAUUUUGAAAAAGCUUCCGACCGGUGGUGGGAAGCAUUAAUCGUCGGCGAGCCAAAAAUCGAAUUAAGUAAAAUCGACUGUUCAAGAAAUUUGGACGAAAUGGGGUCAGAGGAGCAAAUGAAGGUUCAAGAGUUGAUGUGGAAUCAUCAGCAAAAGCUUCUGGGCAAGCCAACUUCCGAGCAAAUUGUAAGGAACGAAGGCUUGAAAUUGGUAACGCGAUAGAGAAGAUAUCAUUUUUUUUUUUUUUUUUUUUAAUGAAAACUCUAUUUACAGAAAAUGGAGAAGAUCUUAAAGAAGGCAUGGGACGCAAAAGGAUCUCCUUUCGAAGGCACACCGUACGAUCCUUCGAUAUUAAAGUUUAAUUGACAUGUCGCUCUACUUCUAUUUCUUGUUACUCGUUAAUAAAUAAAACUCUACAUGGAACUAUCUAAUUAUACGAAAAGAAAUCCAACCAGUUACUUAUUCGCGAUCCUAGCGAGGAACGAGUUUCAAAUAAAUGGAAAUAACGGAACUGAGCCAAGAUAUAUAAUUUUAUGUUAUUAAGACGCGUGUGUUUACCCUCGAUAACUCCGCGUGACACAAAAGUCGUAACAAUAACCAACGUGUCGAGCGUAAUUUUAGAAUUUUUCAUUUUUCGCGAGGACGCAGGUUUGCUUCGUCUACAAUAAUUAGUCGUUGACAUGUUCAAAGUCGCCGCGAGCAAUUAGGCCUGAAAUCCCAUUAUUCGCGCAAAAAUGCCUGGUACCUGCAUACCGGGGACUUGACCAGCCCGCAGGUACGCAGGUGCUUCUCACGUUCGCCUAGGCAAUCCGUCACCGACAGGUAUUCAAAGGGAUUACCGCACGGGUCAAAAUUAAUCGAGAUCUGUUAAAAAAAAUUGCGUCCCGUGGUAGCCAAGGUUGCAGGCGUAAAACGAUCAAAGAUCCGCGGUGAUACAGUAGAAUGCAAGGAAUUCCUCGGUUCUCCCUGGGCGUUUGCAUCGACUUUAUCUCACCGGUGGUGGGAUUGUUUGGUAAAGGAACAAGGAAGGAAUGCUUUAUGGAAGCAGGUAGACAGUUACGGCGAAACUGUUCUCAUUUCACCGUCCCGUUGACUCUCGUCCGUUCUUUAUCUCGAAUCGUUUUGGCGGAAUGCUCGAUUCGACGUGAUUUUAUCUAUACAGCGAUCAGAGCACGAAGGUAAUUGGUUCUUAGACGAUUCGUCGCAUGCGAAGAAACUUGUACGUGCGGGCAUUGAAAUCUUCGCAAGAGCCGUGAAAAAGAUAGUAAUUUAUCCGUGACGUUUAUUCGAUCGACGAGUUAACGUUUAUUAUUAUCGUCUAUAAUGGCGGAUAAAGAGAAUUCAGCUCGAACGAAAACGGUACGAACUUAGGACGCGUCGACUUUAUGUUACACGAAUAAUAAAUUACGAUCGCGAAGACAGCGAUUCCUAACUUGUUGAUAUGCGAGUGCAAACAUUUAUUUGCCGAAGCCUCGCAGUGAUGUAUGAAAUGAUUAAUUAGAAACGACGUUUCGGCCACGUUACUUGCAGCUCUCUUCGCGUAUUUACGCAUUAAUAGUAACUAAAGCGGGGAACAAAUGUAUAAUCAUAAAUGAAAAGAUCACGUCAGCGGUAAAUAUCAAAAUGCCGAGAACUAAUUCGUGAUCCAAUAAAUUGGUUGAACGAAAAUAGUACUAUAACGGGUGUCGAACGAAUCCUUGAACUUAACCAAAAUUCCCUCUGUACAAUAUGUCUUUUUCUGUACAAGUCUAAACUUAGACCCGUGAUUAUCACAUUAACCGCCACGUCGUCCAUGUAUGGAUAACAAGUGCUUUUCACUCGGUAACCAAAAAAAUUCAUUCUUAACGUUAAGCGUGAAAGAAACGCAAGAACGAAAUCCUUGAAUUUCGACGAAGUUAGAAAUAUAAAUACCGCGAUGAACGUUUGAUUACGUAGUGUCCAAUAGCGAACGGUAGAAAUGAUUAAGAGCGUUAGCCUGGCGGUGAACGCGUUAUUGGAAUAAAAUUCUGUCCGUCUCCGUACGAAGUCGAAGCACGAGGAGGAGUAUUGAGCACCGCUGGAGGUAAAACACAGGUAAUAUACCUGCCCGGGGCUACAUCCAUCCCCACCUGGGGUCCGGUUCUCUCUCCUUGGUCGGCUCUCGGCUUUUCUCCGAGGUGAGUCGGGCCGUUAGUGUCGUUGUCGUAGGAGAGAAUGGUAGUAAUGCGUAUCGCGGAGUAUCGUGCACCCUGAAGGACGUCGUCAUCGUUCGAAAUCGGCCCGAUCCACCGUCCUGUUCACCUUCCUCCGUUGGGCCCCCGGUUCCGCGGCUUCUUCCGACCGCGAUAGACGCAAACGGAACGAAUCCAUCGCCGUACGGAUUCGCGAACCGAUUCGUGACCCGUUUCGUGCCGAUCUUUUUUUUUUUCCACGGAUGCUCGCGAGUCUUGGAGGACGACGACGACCAGUUCUCAGCAUCGUAGCUCGUUGCAGUGGUGCCGUGUGAGGUGAACGUAACGGAGACGAGAGUGGAGUCGACCGGGAAAAUCGACUUGAAAUAAAGAAGAAGGAUACCAAGAUGCCCUGUUCCGCGGUGACGCUGUCCCUCGCGACCAUAACCGGUAUCAUUGCCACUGGUCUCCUGGUGAUCGCCUUUUCCACGGACAACUGGCUCUACACCGAGGUCAAGCGCGCCCAAAUUCAGCAAUACGCAGCCAAGCAUGCCGAGCAGAGCCACUUGGUGGAGCAAAUGAACACGAAGUACUAUUACUACACGAGGACGCAGGGUCUCUUCAGGAUAUGCUAUCCCAAAGAAAGGCCGCCGACUGUUCAAACGUACUUGAGUCCAGUGGAGACGCACUGCAUGAACAUCAAUUACUUCAUUCCCGAUGAAGAGAAUCUAACGAGGGGCUUCUCCGACGACGCGAUGACUCGACUUCACAUGGGCAGAUCCGUGAUAGCUCUGUUUAUAGUGGGAUUCGUUGCGAUCUUCACCGCGUUCUGGACAGGAGUCGUGGGCUGUUGGAAAAGGUCACCGGGAAACAUCACGGCAACCGCGAUUCUGAUGUUGCUGGCGUGCCUGUUGAGCGCUAGCGCCAUGGGACUCUGGCACGGAGUGGAAUACUACGAGAAAGAGAAAAUCGUCGGCGAAGAAUACUACCAACAAUGGACCAACGUUUUAAGGGACAACGCGGUGCAGUGGUACGGAUGGUCGUUUUACCUCGCCUGGCUGGGGGUGGCGACGUGUUUAGGCACGAUGACGCUAUUCCUGAUCGCGGCGUCCUGCUUACGGCGGGAGCAUGCCCGCGAACAGGCACAGAACGUUCAAUACAUCAUGCCAGUGUACCCCCAGAAGCAACAGUACGCUUACGCCGGAUACCCUGCACCUGCGGCGUAUCCAGGACCGUACUAUCACGGAUCGCAGUACGGACCUUACAACUAUUGAAAGGAACCAGCGUCACCACGCGUCGACAGAGGAAAGGGUCUCGAGCGCGGACCGUGUACGUGCUCGCAAUGAACAAAAAGGAAUCUGGCGAACGACGUUUCUUUGGGGAACGAAAAAAAAAAAAGAAAAAAAGAAAAA